UGGCGCGCCCGGGGAUAGCGCAGCCCUUGAGAAGAGACACCAUGAGGUGUUCCGCCCCUGGAACCUGGACGAGCACGUAUUGGAUGGUGGAAGGGCGACCUUCUUGUCCGGAGACCUGUCGAAGCCAGGGUUCAACUUGGAUCAGCGGACGUUCGAGCAAUUACGCGCCUCCGUCACGGCUAUUAUCCAGAACGGCUGGCGUGUCGACUUCAAGGUCUCCUUGCCAUCAUUUGAGCCCCUCCUUGCUGGUGCACGCAAUGUCGUCUACUUCGCUUUGAGCUCAGCUGUGGCAAGUGGGCCGAGGCUUCUUCUCGUCAGCUCUAUCAGCGCGCUCUUCGGUAGGGUUCUUAUAGUCGUGAACGAAGACCCUUGCUUACCAAGAGCUACAGGAUACUCGUCCACGACGCCGGCUCCCGAAUCGCUUGAAUAUGGUCCAGAAUACGCACUAGGGACUGGAUAUGGCGAGAGCAAGUGGAUCACAGAACAAAUGCUAUGGCGGGCGACAAGGGAAACGGGCCUCCGCACGACUUCCGUGCGUGUAGGCCAGCUGAGCGGCGACUCGCAAGUAGGUGGUUGGAACACCGAAGAGUGGAUACCAGCUAUCGUCCGAGCAAGCAAGCGACUAGGUUUUGCCCCUAGAAGAGACGACGUGAGUUGA